GCAGCGAUAUUGAUACGGUGUAGCUGUGAAUCUGGAGAGGCUCACUGUGUUGUAAAUUACAACACAGUUGCAAGUGUUUUGACGACGGCGGCUGACAGAAGUCAGAUCGCAGCGCUGCGCAGAAGGACGGGAACGGAACCGAAGUGGCGCCGGUGCCUCGACUUUAACGGAUCGCUUUCAGCUGCACUGUUACAUUCAGUUGCGAUAACCCGUUGGAAAUGUCCGAAAAUAAGCCAAAUGAUGACCCAAAGUUGUCAACGACGGAGAGGGUGGUGAAAUCUGUCCCAUUCCCUCCCAGCCACCGGCUAACAGUAAAGGAGGUGUUUGACAGUGACGGCAAGCCCCGAGUGGAUGUGUUGAAGGCCCACCUGACCAAGGAGGGACGCGUGGAAGAAAGCGUGGCCCUGAGGAUCAUCACAGAGGGUGCAGCCAUCCUGAGAUCUGAGAAGAACUUGCUGGAUAUUGAGGCACCUGUCACAGUGUGUGGCGAUAUACAUGGACAGUUCUUUGACCUGAUGAAACUCUUCGAGGUUGGAGGGUCACCAGCGAACACACGCUACCUUUUUUUAGGUGAUUAUGUUGAUAGAGGAUAUUUCAGUAUUGAAUGUGUGCUCUACCUAUGGGCCUUAAAAAUCCUUUACCCCAAAACCUUGUUUUUGCUCCGUGGGAACCAUGAAUGUAGACAUUUAACAGAGUAUUUUACAUUUAAGCAAGAAUGUAAAAUUAAGUAUUCCGAGCGUGUGUAUGAUGCAUGCAUGGACGCCUUUGACUGCCUGCCCCUGGCCGCCCUCAUGAACCAGCAGUUCCUGUGUGUGCACGGCGGCCUUUCCCCCGAGCUGACGCACCUCGAUGACAUCAGGAAAUUAGACAGGUUCAGGGAGCCCCCAGCCUACGGACCAAUGUGUGACCUUCUGUGGGCGGACCCCCUGGAGGACUUUGGCAACGAGAAGACCCAGGAGCACUUCACCCACAACACCGUGCGUGGCUGCUCCUAUUUCUACAGCUACCCAGCAGUCUGUGACUUCCUACAGCACAACAACCUGCUGUCAGUGAUCCGUGCCCACGAAGCGCAGGAUGCUGGAUACCGAAUGUACAGGAAGAGCCAAACCACAGGGUUCCCUUCACUGAUCACCAUAUUUUCAGCCCCUAACUACCUAGACGUAUAUAAUAAUAAAGCUGCGGUGCUGAAGUACGAGAACAACAUCAUGAACAUCCGGCAGUUCAACUGCUCCCCCCACCCCUACUGGCUGCCCAACUUCAUGGACGUGUUCACCUGGUCGCUGCCGUUCGUAGGAGAGAAAGUGACAGAAAUGCUGGUCAACGUUCUGAGCAUCUGCUCUAAUGAUGAGCUGAGUACUGAUGAAGAUGUGGACGAACAGCUUAUUUAUGGCCCAAGAAAAGGUGCUACGGCAUCAGCACGAAAAGAGGUAAUCCGGAACAAGAUCCGCGCCAUCGGUAAGAUGGCCAGGGUGUUUGCCGUGCUCAGAGAGGAGAGUGAGAGCGUGCUCACACUGAAGGGCUUGACCCCAACGGGGAUGCUGCCCAGCGGAGUGCUGUCCGGAGGAAAGGAGAAGCUGCAGAACGAAACUGCAGCUACUAUUGAGGCUAUUGAGGCUGAUGAAGCCAUUAAGGGCUUCUCGCCCCAGCACAGGAUCUCGAGCUUCGAGGAGGCCAAGGGCCUGGAUCGUAUCAACGAGCGUAUGCCUCCUCGCCGAGACACGCUGCCCUCCGACGCCAGCCUGAACUCCCUGAACCGGGCCCUCUCCUCCGAGAGCAACGGCACCGAUGGCAAGGGAGGCGGCAGCAACAUCCAGUGACGAGGGCCCGCGACCCUCGCUGUGGGGCGUAGACCCGUUACGGCCCAGAAGGCAGGAUGGGACGUACUGGAGCUCCUCCCCAACCCUUGCAGCUGCCCUGCUGGGAGCGACAGGGGGAGGGAUCUGGUUUGGCAGGGAUACAGGGAAGUAGUGAGAGGCCAAAACAAGACACGCAGAAGGUACUAACUAAACAUUGGCAGAGGAGUUACCUUUAGUCAAAAUGUUCAUAGGGACAUUCAAAGUUAUCACUGGUUGGCUCUUUUUGUAUUGUUUGGGGAUAUUUUUCAUUAAGUUCCUUCCCCAGAUGAAAUACAUAAAGGGUAUUUUUGGAAAGACUUCACUUAUUACUGGAUUUAUGUACAUUUUGUCUAACUUCUAUCUAACUGUUAUACGUUUACAGAACACAGCACUAAAAGUGGAUGGAACGUUUGAGAAAAAAAUAAUAAUACUUUUUUUUUUUUUUACACACACAUAUAAAGAUGUAUAAAGUAAGAUAAGGACUAUUUAUUAACUUUUUGUUACUCAUGUCAUAUCUCUACUAAACAAAGCAGUCUUAAGAUGUUGCAACAUUGUUGAAAUGCCAAAAAGAACGAUUUAUGGUUUUGUACAGCUUUCGCUUACCUCAGCUUUAUUUAGUGUGUUUUUUUGGCCCAACUUUAUGUACGAUGCUUCAUUCAGAAAAUUAACACAUUUUUCCUUGAAGUUUGAUAACUGGAACUUACAUGUACCUUAACAUUUAGUGGCAUCUUAUUUCCUUUUAUUUGGGGAUGUAAUUAUUGGUUUGUGGCUUGCUGAAACUGUGUUGAUGAGUAACAACUUUUUUCUUUACUAGUAGUGUAGUGAACAAGAAACUUACAUGCCAUAUAAAGGUUAAUGGAAAAGGUCUAUAUUCUACACAAAGCAAAUAUUCUGCCUAUGCAUGUUUUAAGUGUUUAAAUAAAAGAAAUAAUUAAUAAAAAUCGAGUCAUGAAAUAAACUUGGUGGCACUGACCUAUUGGAGCCUGGCAGCCGUGACAGGUGUGUACUGGAAUUGUGUAGUGAAAUUCUUUAUAUUCGCACCAUGAUAUUCAUUUAUGCCUUUAACCUCUUCUACAAUUAAUGCAGAAGAAGAUUUAUGCUAUUUUAAGCAUACUCCAGGCUUUUAAGUGCACAUAUGAUAUACACAAUUUAGCAUGGUUAGCAGUUCUUGUGACAAUUGUUUGUGGUUACAUGUGGAAAUCAAAAUGCAUGAUAGCUGUUAGUAUGAUACAAUGCUUUAGUCAUUCAUGUUCUGUUCUAGUCCUACAAGGCAAUUAUUAUUAUUAUUAUUAUUAUUAUUAUUAUUAUUAUUAUUAUAAUAAGUAGUAAUAGUAGAAGUACAUUUUUUUCUUUGCUUUGUAUAUUAGUUACAGGUUUGUUACUGCUCCAUACUUUAAAACAAAAGAGACGAUGAUGUCUUCUUUGAAAGUGCCCCAGCAAUUCACUACAACAUUAUGCCUUUGCUUUCGUAAUUUGACUCCAGAACUGUUGGCAGACAAGGCAUGCACUUUGCAACAAUGAAAAGUAUUUUAUAUUCCUGUUCAAUAAAAUGUGC